CUAAAUUGUAAUACCACAAGGACGCCAUUUUAUUUUAUUUCAGUAAAGUGAAUUUGUUACUUUGCCAUUUUUGAUUAAAUACAUAUAACCGAAGCAUCUUCUCGUUAGAAAAUAUAGAAAAAAUGAGUCAGUAUUUGCAGGUAGCAGAAGACGAAAGUGAAGAGCCAAUAGAAAUUCCGAGUGAAGAUGAUGGAACACUGUUACUGUCCACUUUGGCUGCUCAGUUUCCAGGAGCAUGCGGGCUCAAAUAUCGAAACCCGGACACCGGCACUUUCCGGGGUGUUCGUUUAGCUGACGGCAAACUUCACCCACCAGAAACUGGGAUGUGGGAUUCCCAUGUUUACAUUGCUGUGUUUCCUAAAGAAAACAAAAGGAAGGGCGAUGAUGGACAAGAAAAUCCUGUGGCUAAGACGAAACGUGUCGAAGGUGGACAGAAAAGCAGUACAGACUUGAUUGUUUUGGGAUUGCCAUGGAAAUGUACAGAAGAUGACAUGAGGAAAUACUUUUCGCAGUUUGGCGAACUUCUGUUGGUGCAGGUAAAGCGUGACCCAAAGACUGGGGAAUCAAAAGGAUUUGGCUUCAUCCGUUUUGUCGAGUAUCGGUCCCAGGUCAAGUGCAUGUCACAGAGACACAUGAUAGACGGGCGCUGGUGCGAUGUAACCAUUCCAAACUCGAAGGAAGGCUCCCAGCAGCUGAUGAACAGGAAGAUCUUCAUUGGCCGGUGCACUGAGAACCUGUCGCAGGAGGAUCUGCGGACGUACUUCAGCAAGUAUGGCGAGGUGGUCGACGUCUUCAUCCCCAAGCCGUUCCGCGCAUUUGCCUUUGUCACCUUCGCCGACCACGAGGUGGCGCAGAUGCUCUGUGGGGAGGACCACAUCAUCAACGGUGCCAGCGUGCACGUGAGCAACGCCUCCCCGAAACACUACGACACCCAGCAGAACAGAAAGGGUGGUUACCAAGGUUACGGUUGGUACGAGCAGCAAAGGGAUCGUCGAUCUGGGAAUGACAGCGACGGUUGGAGGGACCGCCAAGAUGGCGGCUGUGGUUACGAGUGGAGUGGUGGACAGCACUAAUGAGUGGAUGAGUGAUUCCGGAGCGGAGUGCAAGAUGAGUGCGCUGAUGGACGAGUGCAAGGACUGGAUGAGAGAUGAGCGACAGAAGGAUGAAAGGCGAACGGAAGGAGGAUGAAAGCACUGAACAUUGAUGCACUUGGGGGAAAAACGGAAUUACAAAAUUACAACGGAUCUUGCUCGGAAUAAUUGGUUAUUUGAAAAUAAGAAGUCGUCAACAACUAAAAUUAAUACUUAAUCUGUUUAAGUGAUGUUCCGAAUUUAUUUAAGUUUACCAAGUCGAAGAAAGAUUGAAACAUGAUUUUUAUUUUUAUCCAGGGAAGUGUACAAUAGAUGCCCCGAACUAUUCCUUAGUUCUGCAUCUUAAAUAUGUGACCGAUGCUCCAAAUGUCCUCAUUCUAUAUUUAAACAAAUGGAUGUUCCAAACUAUACCGUACGAUGGAUGUUCCAUACUGUUUCCUGUUCUCUCUAGAUAAAUGUACGAUGGAUGUAACAUAAUAUUCUCUAUGUAGACAAAUACACGAUGGAUGUUCCAUAUUAUUACCUAUUGUCUAUGUAGACAAAUGUACAAUGAAUGUUCUAUACUAUUCCCUAUUCUCUGUGUUCCAAACUUUAAUAUUCUUAAAAAUGCCAAGACAAACGGACGAAAACGUAAACGGAAAUUAGACACGUGAUGUGUGAAUGAUUGAUAUCGCUGAUUUUUGAACACGCAAACACAACGAUAAAUAGGUGACGCCAGUUUUGACCUGCACUGUGAGGGACUUGAAAAACAUAUGGCGUAUUGAACUUAACAUUGAGUAUGAAAAAUCUAAUACAAAGACUUGUAUAAACGGUCCAAGUUAGGAGUGUGCAAUGCAAAUGCUGAUUCAUGAUUCUUAAACAAGAUUUAAACAGGUCGUUUUCUCUUGACAACAAGUUUUUUUUAACUAUCGAAAAAGGGAGAAUUUAUUUUAAAACUGAAUCUGCUGUGCUUUUCAAGUGUGGUUUGAAAUUAAUGUACACUUUGAGAUUAAAUUUAAUGUGUGUA